CAGUGUGGGCGGGGCCCAGGGGGCCCUAAAAAUUUUGUUGUACGGGCCCGUGAUUUCUAAUGGCGGCCCUGGGUGUAGUAUGUGUGUAGUAGGGGUGUAGUAGGUGUGUAGUAGGGGUGUAGUAGGUGUGUAGUAGGUGUGUAGUAGGUGUGUAGUAUGUGUGAAGUAGGGGUGUAGUAGGGUGUAAUAGGGAUGCACCAGGGCCGCCAGCAGCAAUAACGGGACUGGAGCAGUGGUUGUGGGAAGGAAUGGGUUAAUAGAAGACAAUGCAAGUGAUUAGCAGAAGAGGCUCAUGUGAUCACUGGGGGAGGCAGAAGUGAUGUACGAGGAGCAGCUCACAGCUGAUAAUUUGCCACUAUUCCCCGGCGACUCCCCGUGUCUCUCCCUGUCCUGUUUCUCCGCCCCGUGUUUGUUUGCAAGUGACUUCAUGACACUGUGAGAGUGAGACUGACACUCACCCUCGGCUCCCUGGCACUGUGUCAUGCCACCGGCACAGCAUGGCGCUGAUCAAUCACCAACUUGCCCUUGAGUCCCGUGCGACCCCGUGUAGUAAGACAACGGCGAGGGGCACGUGUGUGGCAGGUAGAGGACUCGCUGCUUCUGCUGCUGAAGAUUAGGUGGAAGUGCGAUCAGCUGCGUCCUUUGCCGGAGAGGGAGGAGGAUCCGUAGCACCUGGGUCAGGACAAGUAACGCUGGAGAGACGCACGAUCAUGUGUUUAGCCUGUAGGUGCCCUCGCUCUGCCCAUCACUGGCACUUUCCCUCCGGCUACUGAAUUCUCCUGCUGCUCCUUCUGUCAUUUACUCGGUCCCUGUCAUCAGCUCCUGGGGAGGAAAGUCCGACCCCGGGGCACCUGUCCGUGCACUUUGCCCCCAACUGAAGAGGCUGAUGCUCCGGAUUCUCCCCUGAUCCCCCCGGGGUGUCACACGGCUCAUGUGUCGCGGGCUGACUGCCCAAUGCGCUACUGUCGCUGGGAAAUGUGCGAAUAAACCUCAGGGUUACGGUUCUGCUGCUCUGUCACAUCCCGGACAUGAAACCCGCAUCAGUGUAGCAAUUAUUGGGCUUCAUUCAUUUCGGAUACUGCUGGUAGUCUGGCUUAUUCCCCGAACUACUCGUGGGUUCCAUAAUAAUCCUCGCUCGAGCCGCACCGUGGGCUUUGUGCCUGUGUCUCUGCCCAUGAUGCCCCUAAGUGCCCUCCCAGGGACUCGCUCCCUAAGCCCCGCGGCUCUGUCCCGUCUCAGGGAGUACCGGAGCCGCUCCAGGAUCAUGUUGUCUCUCGGGGUCUCGCAGAUGGUACUGGGAUGUCUCAUCGUGGCUGUCAGUUUUGCGGCUCUUGCCCUCACCACCUCGGCCAGAGUCAGACACUCGUGCCCCUUCUGGGCAGGCUUUUCGGUGCUUUUGUCAGGAUUGAUUGGUGUUGUUGCGUGGAAACGACCCCUCUCGCUUGUAAUAACCUUCUUUAUGCUUCUCUCUGCUGUGUGUGUGAUGUUGAACUUGGCAGGUUCCAUUCUCUCUUGCCAAAACGCUCAGCUAGUCAGUUCUCUUGAAGGAUGUCAGCUGAUAAAUUUCAACAGCGAUGGAGUUUGCGUUUGCUGUGAAAUGCAACAUCAAACAUCUGGGUGCAGCAACCCUGGAGAAACACUAAAACUGAACCCUCUACAGGAGUGCAGCGCCGUGAGGCUGACACUUAAGGACCUUUUGUUCAGUGUGUGUGCUCUGAAUAUUAUCUCCACUAUUGUUUGUGCUUUGGCAACAGCAAUGUGCUGCAUGCAGAUGGUUUCUACUGAUGUCCUGCAGCUGUUUUUGCCACAAAGAGGGCACUCUACAAAUAUGGACUGCAUGGUGCCCCAUGGAACUAUUCUCCACCAAACUCUGGAUUUUGAUGAGUUCAUUCCACCAAUUCCACCUCCGCCAUAUUACCCUCCUGAGUACACCUGUACACCAGUUUUGGAGGUACAAAGAGGACUUCAUCUGGAUUUCCCCCAUUCUCCCUUCAGUGCAUUAUAUGAUGUUUCCAUAAACAGUCCUGGCAUUCUAUAUCCAUCUGAGCUCCCGCCUCCAUAUGAAGCUGUCAUUGGGCAAACCCCUGCUAGCCAGGGGGCCAGCAUAGAUCAGCAGGUCACAGAAUCCAGUCUAGGUGACAGAAACACAACAGCAGGCUUCAGCACCCAAGUGUCUGUAGAUAGCACUUCAUUGCUGGUGUCUGAUGUGGCCGAAAUCCAAGUUCGCAGCUGCUCAUCAGAAGAUCUUUGUUCACUUGAAGUUCAAGGAUCACUUCGCUCUGCCGAUUUUAGCCCUUAUAGUGCAAUCCAUACAGCCACCACUGGGAGCAGCUGCACCAGUUUGGAACACAGCUUCCGUGGUGGAUUUCCUCUCACUAAUUCCCAGGUUUCACCUGAUGAUGAUGGAAGUAGAACAUCCACAGACAGAUCCCAGUGGCAAAACUGUGAGAAUCACAUACAGUCCAGGUCACUGGACACAUCCGCUGAGAAUUUCAGCACAUCGGAAAGAGAAUCUCAACUUUUGGUGAAAGAAAGAAAAGUUGCCCAGUCUCUGAAACCCAUGAAAAUGUGCUGCAGUGUGUUUGCUCAACCACCUGGCCAGUGUCUGCCAUCACCCAGUGCUCUUCCUGCAAAUCACACCCAACGUACAGGGCGGCUGGAAAAAACUAUGCAGCAACAUCGUUCGAGGAAAUACAGGAUUGCCAGUAUAGUCCGAUCCACUAGUGAACCUGUUUCCUGUACCUCCAUCACAGAAGCUUCAUAUUCAUGCCCACGGACAACCGCCUCUGUCUACCAGGACACUGCACACCACUUACUAUCUACAGGCAGACACAAAGAAGCACGGAAAAGUAACCACCGCAUAAAGCCAAAGGCAAUUAAGAUCAUCUCUAAAGAACGGCCCAAUUCUUUAGUUGACCUGAAGACCUACAAGGACACGAAAAUUUUAGUGGCCAAGUUUUUGGAACAUUCAAAUUGCCAUCUCUCUCCAGAAGUGCGACACGUGGUGAAUAGUAUCAAGUCUGUCAUUAAGUCCGAUGAAAGGCACAUGGAAGAGGCAAUCUUCAGCGCCAAUAUUAUAGACCAGGUAAUAACAAGUUCACAGCAAAACAUUAAUAUCUCUAGAAAACGUCUUCAAGAAGAUCUUCAUCUUCAGAGUUGUGGAGCUCUAAGCUCUCCAGUUGCCUGCCUUCACAGAAUACAUCUAACACAAGAAACGGAUCAGGACAGGCCACGCAGCUUAAUUGGAGUCUGUAGGGAAACAAUUCUUUGAUAAAAGAUUAUAAGAUUAAUUAAAACAAAAGAAUUGCAUGCAAACUAAAGUUGAUCAAUUCCAGUACACUUCUUCAGGCACCAUCAACUAUAUUGAAUUCAAACUCAGUUUCUCCUUGUAGAACUUGCUCCGGCAUGGGACAGCAAGCAUAAAGGACAGUCACUAUGGAGAUCUUGCUGAAUGUAAUGUUUUGCAAACAAACAGUACAAACUAAAUUUCUACACAAAGAGCUUUUUUUAAGAUGACUGGAAUUCCAUCUAUUAUUUUCUUUCUGAAAUAAAGAUUACAAUAUUGCUGCCAUGUAGCUCUGUAAAACCAACAUCAUCUCUUAAUAAUUACAUUCCAAAAGAAAAGGGUUAAAAAAAGAGGUCUUUCAAGGCUUGCACCCAUCAUCAGAUUCACAGACUGAAUCAUCAAGAAACCCCAUACUUCUGAAAAAUAUUGUUAUACAGCUCAAAUGUAUUACUUUAUGUACUUUAAAGUGUUUUCACAAUGUGUUUUAA